ACAGAAGGCAUGUACUUUAAGCACUUCUUUAUGCACAUAACCCCAAAAACCUUCAAAAUUAUUUCUAAAUAUAAUUAAAUUCCAAAAGUUACAACAAACAAUGAGUUCCGAGCAAGUCGUCAAUGGGGGUUCCGAAGAUACUGACGAGAGAUCUCAGAAAAAAUCGGCCAAACAUGAUUGUGGAGCAGCCGAUCUGGAAAAAGUAACCGACUACGCUGAGGAGAAGGAAAUAUCGACACAAGAUUUCUCAGGUGCAAUAUCGUUAAUUGGGGAUCAACGAAAUAAACAAGCGGCCGAGAAGAUAGCGAGAGAAAAGGAACUGCUAAAAGUUCUAAUUAAGAAGGAGGAUGUUGAUUUAAUUGUACGUGAAAUGGAAAUAUCACGAAUAAAAGCCGAACGAACUUUAAGAGAGCAUCACGGGAAUGUUGUGAAGGCCCUCAUUGCUUUAACGAACUAAUUUCCAACUGUUUCUUAAUAAUGAAAUAAUUGUCUUGUAAAUAAAUUUGUAAUUGAUA